AUGACCGGGAAUGCAAGGUUGUCGGAAUUCAAAAGUCGGAAGUUAGGAGUCAGAAUUCCGGAUAAUUCUGAAGGUAGAAGAGACACCGUACUUCAAAAAUGUAAGGAGCCAGCAGAAAAAAAGAAGCACCGGAGAAAGAGGAAGGAAAUCAAGAAUCAACGUUUGCUAGCCGAAAACCUUAACCGUCUUCUCCACCCCCACUUGGACCAUCAUCCAAAAAGUCAAAAACUGACAGAAGGAGAAGCUUCGACGCCGUUCCAGCCAGCAAAACUACAUCGAAAGUUAAACAUAUAA